CACCGAUCUCCAGUUCUCCGCUGAUACAGUUGCUGCUUCGAGCGCAGUACUUUAAAAUACACAGUAGGUGAAAUUACGUUGCCGUUGUUCGAACGCACAUUAAUUAAGUUCGAUAAGUUGACCUCCUUUAAUUAGUGAGUGGUAGUGAUUAGAGUAGUGAAUCUUCGCGAUGUUUGACGUGUUCGGCUCCGUCAAGGGGCUGCUAAAAAUCGAUGCCGUAUGUAUCGACAACAACAUUUUUCGUUUGCAUUAUAAGGCGACCGUAAUAAUACUGGUGGCCUUUUCUUUGUUGGUUACCAGUAGACAAUAUAUUGGAGAUCCCAUAGACUGUAUUGUUGAUGAAAUCCCUCUGAAUGUUAUGGAUACGUAUUGUUGGAUUUAUUCCACGUUCACGAUUCCAAAUAGGCUGGCGGGACGCGUCGGAAUGGACAUGGUGCAGCCAGGGGUGGCGAGUCACGUGGACGGAAAGGACGAAGUUAAAUACCAUAAAUACUAUCAGUGGGUAUGUUUUGUGCUAUUUUUCCAAGCCAUUCUCUUUUACGUGCCAAGGUAUCUGUGGAAAACUUGGGAGGGUGGCAGAAUAAAAAUGCUUGUUCUAGACUUAAACUGCCCUAUUGUCAACGACGAAUGCAAAUCUGACAGAAAAAAGCUUCUUAUCGACUAUUUUACUACGAACUUGAACAUGCAAAACUUCUAUGCUUUUCGUUUCUUCAUCUGUGAGGUUCUGAACUUUGCCAACGUAGUAGGACAAAUAUUCUUCAUGGACUUCUUCUUGGAUGGUGAAUUCAGCACAUAUGGAAGCGACGUAUUGCGUUUCACUGAAAUGGAACCUGAAGAGCGCGAAGAUCCUAUGGCAAGGGUGUUUCCUAAGGUAACCAAAUGUACUUUCCACAAAUACGGUCCUUCAGGAACCGUGCAGAAACUGGACGGGCUCUGCGUUUUGCCACUUAACAUCGUCAAUGAGAAAAUCUACGUCUUUCUCUGGUUUUGGUUUAUCAUUUUGAGUAUUCUUUCUGGAAUCUCUCUUGUAUACCGUAUUUGCGUCAUUAUGGGGCCCAAGCUUAGGCUUUAUUUACUAAGAGCACGCUGCCGCAUCGCUGGACAGAAGGAAAUCGAAACGAUAUCAGAUAAUUGCGAAAUCGGUGAUUGGUUUAUCUUGUACCAACUUGGCAAAAACAUUGACCCUCUGAUCUUCAAAGAAAUCAUAGGCGACCUGGCAAAAAAGAUGCCUUCUAAACCUAAGGAUAUUAAUGUGUAAGAAACGUUGAAAUUUUUUUAACGGACUUUUAUUAAGCAAAAGAGCCGCUUAGAGAAUUUCGACACAGUGCCUUAAUUAAACACGAAGUCCUAUUAUUUGACGCGAUCAUGUGUGCAUGUGAGGACCAAUUGAAAAGCUCUGUGAUGACAGAAAAGACUGUUCUUUUACUACAAAUUUUUAUAGACGUUAGUGAUAAAUAAAUUCCUUUUUCCACUAUUAUAUAACGCAUAGGUUGCAGCUCAAAUGGUCAUUCCAGACAAUUAUGUAAAAGAUAUACUGCCAAUUUUGUUUUUUUAAUUGAAGAAAAUGUUUAGCAUACUAUUAUUAAAAAAAUGGGAUUUUACUUAUAAUUCUAAAGAGUUUUAGGUACACGACUGAUUUUUUUAAAAUCCCGUUGUGGGAUAUCAUUGUAUAAAACAAAAACCUUAUUGAUUAUAAGUAAAAAAACAUUUUUUAUGUAAUUUUAAGGAUAUUAAAUAGAUAUUCUAAAUUAUUGUCGCAUAAUCGAGUAAAAUGGAGUGCAUUUAAACGAAAUAAGCAAUAGAGAGACGGUUUUCGCCUUCUAAGCAUUGAAAGGGAUUACAAUUAAAAUAAAAGACAUCUUUCGUACCUGUAUAUUUUUUAUAUCGUAUUUGUUUUAUGAUUAUAAUAUACAUAUAGGUAUUGGGGCAAUAUAGGCGAAAUCCUAUUCUCUGUGAUAGAUCUGAUACGAUUUACUCGUAUCAUUCUAGCAUAAAUUAAGUAAAGUUUGUGUAAAAGUUUUAUUAUGUCAUCUAUGACAUAACUUGACCCUUAAAUGAAUUUUACUAGAAUAAAAAUAAAUGUAAAAAUAAGAAUUGUGAUUAUUAGUUUAGGUUUAAUAUAAUUGGUAACUUCCAUACUUAGUUUUAAAUUUUUUUUCAGAAUAAGAUAUUUAUGAGUAUAUUCGGACUUAAUAAAUCAUAUACAAUAGGAAUGUUUGUGUGUUCAAAUUGUGUUUUAUAUGAUGAGCCAAAUGUGCCUUCUAAAUUGUAUUGUAUACAUAUAAUUUUAUUUUUAAAAUAAAAAUAAAAUAGUUUAUUGAAAAGAUUU